CAAACAGAACCACCUCUUCUCUUCACUCUCUAAACCAAAUAAUAAUGGCUUCUUCUUCAGUGUUGGGACCUUUUUCAGUUCCCCUGAAACAUCAUAAUCACUGGUCAGGCAGGAUUAAUAAUCCAAGCUGCUGGAUCAAACAGAGCAUCAGCAGCUGGAAGAAGAGGGGAAAACAGAUGAGCAGGUCGCGUAAUUUGGCGGCGGCAGCGGCAAUUAACGAGGCAGAUUCGAAGAUUGUUAUUAGGAGGAGGUCAUCAUCGUCGUCGUCAUUAUCCAAAGAAGGGAGAUUUGCGCGCAAGGAAGCGGAGAGGCUGGCUUACCUGGUGGCUGCGCUGCUGUCCAGCGUUGGCGUCACUUUCACGGCCGCCAUGGCUGUUUUCUCCAGAUUCUCUUGGCAGUUGGAGGGUGGGGAGUUUCCGGUGGCGGAGAUGCUUGGGACCUUCGCUUUGUCCAUCGGAGCUGCCGUGGGGAUGGAGUUUUGGGCUCGGUGGGCACACAGAGCAUUGUGGCACGAUUCUUUAUGGGACGUCCACGAGUCGCACCACAGGGCUAGAAGAGAAGGAGCAUUCGAGGCGAAUGACGUGUUUGCAAUAACGAACGCGGUGCCGGCCAUCGGGCUGCUCUCCUACGGUUUCUUCAACAAAGGCCUUCUCCCUGGUCUCUGUUUCGGCGCCGUAAGUGUCAAACAGACGUCGUUUCACGUUUGUUUGAUUAUUUUAAGGUUUUUUUUUUUUUUAAAAAAAAAAUGUAAGACGUACCGGGUAAGAGGGUAAAAAAAUUGGAGUUGACAACUUCGGGCUGGCUGCCACGUGUGUCGGUGGAUGGGGUGGUGUUCGGUAGCAACUAACUAGCUAUAGAAUCUUUGAUCUUGGGCUGGGCUGGGCCGGGCCGGGCCGUCCGUCAUUCUUUUUCUUGCUGUUUGGAGUUUGGCAGGGAUUGGGGAUAACGGUGUUCGGGAUGGCGUACAUGUUCGUGCACGAUGGGCUGACCCAUCGACGCUUCCCAGUUGGGCCCAUAGCCAACGUCCCUUACCUCCGAAGAGUUGCCGCUGCUCACCAGCUUCAUCACGCAGACAAAUUCGACGGCGUUCCUUAUGGGUUGUUCUUGGGGCCUGAGGAACUAGCAGAGGUUGGAGGCACGGAUGAGUUGGAGAAAGAAGUGCAAAGAAGGAUUAAGCGCUCCGUUUGAUAUGUUUCUUCUCAAUCAUUAUCUUUUUCUCUUUUACCCUUAGCUUGUACAGUCAUUCUUUCUUCCACUUCGAAUCAAAACUCUGUUCGAUGUUUAGGCAUGAUGAUUUAUUUGAACUCCAAUCUAGGAGGUAGGUAAUGUACACCUACAAAAGGGAAAGUGCAAAAUGAAGAAGCGUGUUAUGGAUAAGGAAAACAUAAUUGUAUUACAGAUUCUCUACCUUAUAAUACGAGU